GUCCUGGCAGCGGUGCCAGCAUGGCUGAGCAGGACCCAGCCUCAGGCUGCCAGCAUGGAAAGGCGCAGCUGCCAGCUUUCACCUGGGAGGUGAGGGCCAACGACCGAAACUACCAUAUGCAAUUCAAGAAGAAAUUUGCCUUCUGUCUGACCAAGAAGAAGUAUGCGGGCAAUGCCAUUAAGACAUCCAAGUACAACAUCUUUACCUUCCUGCCGCUGAACCUCUAUGAGCAGUUCCACCGAAUGGCCAACGUCUACUUCGUCUUUGUCAUCCUCUUACAGACCUUCCCUGAGAUCUCCACACUGCCCUGGUACACUCUGCUGUUCCCCCUGAGCUGUCUCCUCACCAUCCGGGGUCUACGAGACCUGAUCGAUGACAUUGGCCGUCACCAAAGUGACAGAAACAUCAACAGCAGGCCAUGUGAAAUCCUGUCUGGGAAGAGCUUCCGCUGGCAGAAAUGGCGUGACAUCUGCGUCGGGGACAUCGUCCGCCUGCGCAAGGAGAGCUUCGUCCCGGCCGACAUGCUCUUGCUGUGCAGCUCAGAGCCCAGCAGCCUGUGCUACGUGGAGACUGCCGACAUCGAUGGGGAAACAAACCUAAAGUUCAGACAAGCCCUUCUGGUCACCCACCAGGAGCUGGUGAACGAGGAGAGCAUGGCUGCCUUUGAUGGGACAGUGACCUGCGAGGAGCCCAACAGCCGCAUGCACAGCUUCACCGGCACGCUGGAGUGGAGGGGCGAGACCUACUCGCUUGACAGCGAAAGGAUCUUGCUGCGAGGCUGCAAGCUUCGCAACACCGACAUUUGCUACGGCUUGGUUAUCUACGCAGGAUUUGAUUCCAAAAUUAUGAGGAACUGUGGAAAGAUCAAGCGGAAGAAAACCAAGCUGGAUCGCAUGAUGGACCGGCUGGUGAUCAUAAUCUUCCUGGUGCUGUUGGUCACGUCGCUGUGCCUCGCCGUUGCCUCUGGGUUCUGGGCCAGGAUGUUCCAGGAGAAGCACAGCUACCUCUCUGCUUUCUACAAGCACACAACUCCUGCCCAGCAGGCCUUCUUCAACUUCUGGGGCUUCACGAUCCUCCUGAGCAUCAUCAUACCCAUGUCCAUGUAUAUAACGUUUGAAUUCAUCUAUCUGGUGAACAGCUUUUUUAUCAACUGGGAUCUGGAAAUGUAUUAUGCUGUCAAGGACAUUCCAGCAAAAGCCAGAAGCACCAGCCUCAAUGAUCAGCUUGGCCAGAUCGAAUAUAUCUUCUCGGACAAGACCGGGACCUUGACACAAAACAUUAUGAGCUUCAAGAAAUGCUGUAUCAAUGGGACCAUCUACGGGACAGGCACAGGCCAUGAGACCAAACAGCCGUCGGGGUUGGGGUUGACCUGGAGCCACCACGGGGAGAAGAAGUUGGACUUCCGCGAUGCGACGCUGCUGGAAGCUGCCCGGCGGGACAGUGACCCCGUGCUGAGGGAGUUCCUGAGGCUGCUGGCCCUCUGCCACACUGUCAUGGUGGAGGAGAAGGGCGACCAACUGGUUUAUCAGGCAGCUUCACCAGAUGAAGAAGCACUGGUGUUGGCAGCCAGGAACUUGGGGUACAUCUUUCUGGCCCGAACGCAAGACACCAUCACCAUCAGUGAGCUGGGGAAGAAGAGGACGUACAAAGUGCUGGCCAUGCUGGACUUCAACAGCGAUCGCAAGAGGAUGUCUGUCCUGGUGCGAGACCCCCAGGGCACGAUCCGGCUCUACACCAAGGGGGCUGACACGGUCAUCCUGAAGAGACUGCAGAGGCGAGGGCCCAAUGAGACCUUCACUGAGAUGGCGCUGGAUCGCUUUGCAGAGGAGACACUGAGGACUUUAUGCCUGGCCAGCAAGGAGGUGAGCGAGGUCGAGUACAGCGAGUGGAGCCGGAGGCACUGCGAGGCCAGCGUCCUGCUGCAAGACCGCGCGCGGGAGCUGGACAAGCUGUACGAGGAGAUGGAGCAGAACCUGCAGCUGCUUGGGGCCACGGCCAUUGAGGACAAGUUGCAAGAUGGAGUCCCUGAGACCAUCCAGCUGCUGAAACUGGGCAACAUUAAAGUGUGGGUGUUGACGGGAGACAAACAAGAAACGGCGAUGAACAUUGGCUAUGCAUGCAAGCUGCUCACGGAUGACAUGGAGAUCCUGGAGGAGAAGGAGAUCAGCGAGAUCCUCGAGGCUUACUGGGUAAACAACAACCACCACCACCUCGGUGGCAGCGGGGAAGACAAAAUCCUUCACACGGGAGAGGUGCCGAAGGAGAAGAAGGGGUGGCGGUGGCGGCGGCUGGCUUGCUGCCAGGCGGUGAUCUGCUGCAGGGUGACCCCCAAGCAGAAAGCCCUCAUCGUGCAGCUGGUGAAGAAGCACAAGAAGGCCAUCACGCUGGCCAUUGGGGAUGGGGCCAACGAUGUCAACAUGAUCAAAACCGCUGACAUCGGGGUGGGCAUCAGCGGGCUGGAGGGCAUGCAAGCUGUGCAGUGCAGCGACUACGCCCUGGCACAGUUCUCCUACCUCCAGCGCCUCCUGCUCGUCCACGGCCGCUGGGCAUAUCUCCGCAUCUGCAAGUUCCUCCGCUACUUCUUCUACAAAACCUUUGCUGGCCUCAUGGCCCAGGUCUGGUUCGCUUUCCACAGCGGAUUCACGGCUCAGCCUCUGUAUGAAGGCUGGUUCCUUGCACUCUACAACAUCUUCUACACCGCCUAUCCCGUGCUGUCCGUGGGCCUUCUGGAGCAGGAUGUGAGUGCCAAGAAGAGCCUGGAGUUCCCUGAGCUCUACGUGAUCGGGCAGCAAGACGAGCUCUUCAACUACCGUGUUUUCGGUGUCACCCUCCUGCACGGGGUCAGCACCUCACUUGCCAGCUUCUACAUCGCGCUCUGGGCCUUUGAAGACCGCGUCGGCAGCAAGGCUGUCGGUGACUACGAGUCCUUUGCCGUCACAGUGGCCACCUCAGCAUUGCUGUCGGUCCUUGUGGAGAUCAUCCUGGACACCAAGUUCUGGACAGCAUUGUCCUUCCUAAUGGUCACAGCCAGCCUGCUGCUCUUCUGCCUCUUCUCCUUCCUGACCCAAAGCAUUGAUGCCUUCAGGACAGCCCCUGCCAUCUUCUGCUUCCCAGAUGCCAGCCGAAAUGCCCUGACCGACCCCUACAUCCUGCUGGUGGUCCUGCUGUCACUAGUGGUGAACACCAUCCCCUCGCUCACCGUCCACUUGUACCGCACCAUCAUGGGCAAAACCACCAUCCAGCAAGUCCCCAUCUCCUUGCAGAAGAUUCGCUUGAAGGCCAAGCGGGAGCCGGAGCCCUCGGUGGAGCUGCGUGCCCAUGUCCCUCGCCGCUCCUUCCACCGCCGUUCCAGCUAUGCCUUCUCCCACCAGGAGGGCUACGCUGGCCUCAUCACCCGUGGGGAUAGCCUGCGUGCCAGGGCCACCCGCAGCACCAUCCCCGGUGUCCUGCACCCAGAGGUGACCCCAGCUUUGUCCACCCACCCCAGCCCCUUGGCAUAG